GUUAUUCUUAAUUGGCAUACACAGUUCCUUAGAGCACUUCAGAUAGCAACUCUUGGUAAACGUCAAACGCUGGAUUGCAGCGUUUGUUAGUUAUCAUAAACGUCGUCUGCGUGCAAUUGUUGCCGAUCUAUCCAGUCUACCUGUGUUGUCGCUGUAGUCAGCCUAGUUUAGGGGCACGCGCGCAGCAUUCUCGAGCGACGGCCCCGCGAUGGAGCCAGCAGCAUCGAGCGUGGAGAGGCCGUGCAUCGAUCUCAUGUCAUGUCCUGACGCGGUUUUCGGGGUUUUCCGAUGCCUGGAAGCACCUGCUGACCUGGCGCGGUCAGCCUGCGUCUCGCGCGUGUGGCGGGAUGUCGUGUACGCGCCGCUGCUCUGGCACGCGCUCCUGGAGGCCGAGCACAGGGCCGCCGCCCACCCUGACCUUGCCAGCAGCAGGGAGACCUCCCGCAGCAAGGUGGAUGCAUCUCCUUGCUGCUAUGCAUACAUACGCGAGCUGCUGCAGCCGCGGUGUGACAUUCUCGGCAGGCCUGCAGCGCAGCUGCGGCGGUGGCUUGGCGUCCGCAGCCUUCAGCAUCGCCUGUGCGCGCAAUGCCCCUUUGGUGCGCCGGCGCCUCCGCUGUCAAUGCCGCGACGGCUUGACAGCGUGCGGGGUUCGCGAGUGGUGUUGAAUGCAGCGAGUCAAACAAUGGUAGUGUUUGACCAGCGACAGCAGCGGCUUAUGUUCGUGCCUCUGGAGCGCGCGGCGGCGGCGGCGGAGGCGGAGGCGGAGGCUGCUGAUGAAGAAUGCGGAGUGCGAGUUACCUCCGUGCCGCCGCUGCCGGCGCAGCAGCUGCAGCAGCGCCAGGCUCGGGCGCGUAAUAUAUGGGCCGAUUGGGCCGGCGAGGAUGAGGGCGCCGUGGCUGGUCCGGAAGACCUGGAGGCAGGCGAGCUGCAGCCUCCUGUCGGGGGUGCAGAGGUGACACCAGGGGAAGUGGCAGACCUCGGCGGCAGUGGAUUCGAUGUGUUGGUUUCGUGUGCGGGCGACAGCGGUGACUCUGGGGCCUGCGGCGGCGGAGUCCAUGACAAUCAGCAGUCGCUACCGGGCAGCGGCUUUGUGGCCACCGGACACCCCGAUGGCCGAGUCCUGGUGUGGGACGCGGCCCGCGCAGCCGCAGUGGGACGCCUGCCGUCCAUGCAGGGCUGCGGGCGGGGCCCGGUGCUGGCGCUUGCAGCCGCUUCCAUGUGUUCGCCGGCCAGCGGCGGCACAGCGGAGGACGUUGAGGAAGACGGCGGGGUAGCUGCGUCCUUUGCCCGCAGCAGCAGCAGCAGCAGCAGCAGCAGCAGCAGCAGCAGCAGCAGCGGCGGCGCCGCGGGUGUUGCGGGCACCAAGGCCUGCAGGCGGACGCUGCUGGCGGUGGCUUACCGGGCGGAGGUGCUGGUCUGGAGCCUUCCACUACCUGAGUUUUCACCUGCUCCCGUUGCCGCGAGCGCUGCCGCAAGCAUCCCAUCAGAUGCUGUGGUUGGGACCCUGCCGAGCACCCGGCUGGAAGCCAUCAUCAAGCCAACCCUAGACACAGCGGUCCGCUCCAUGGCGCUCAGCGGCCGCCAUGGCGUGCUGGCGCUGCGCUCGUCUGACGGCGUGGAGCUGAGGUCGGUGCGGCGGGCGGAGGCGGGCCGCUGGCUGCACGGCUUCAGGGACAGGCGCAACACGGCGCUGCUGUGCCUGGGCGACUUGCUGUUCGUGGCCUCCUCCAGCCCCAGCUUCAUGAUGGCUGCCACCUCAGCGCCACCCCCGCCUCCGCCCGCGGCUUCGCCGGCUCUGGGUGCCAUGGAAGCAGCAGGGGCGGCGGCUGAUGUGCAUGUGGAGGAUGGGGAGGUGGCGGCGCGGCCGCUGGGCCCAGGCGUGUGUGCAGCGGCGUGGUCGUGUGACUUCCAGCUGGAGGUGUCGGCAGUGGACUUAGGGGCGCUGGUGGCCAGGUGCGGUGGCGGUGGAGGCGGCGGCGGCGGCUCGGCGGCAGCGUCAGCUGGGGAGGUGGGGCCGGUGGUGUUCGAUGGGGUCGCGCCUGCGGCGGCAGGGGCAGCUGGAGCCGGCAGCGGCGCUCCCGCGCGUGGACAGCGGCCUGUGGUGGUGCGCACGACGAGCCCCGCUCAGCGCUGUCGACUACCCGCGGAGGAGGCAUCGCGCAUCCUGUGGGACCAGCCGCUCCAGGUGUGCGCCACCGGCGGCUUCCUGGUGGUGAGGUGCCUGCAGUUCGAUGCGUCGCAGCAGCAGCCGGCGCAGGUGCAGCUGCUGUGGCCUGGGCUGUUCGCCUUCCCCAUGGGCGACCUUGUCUCAGGCCUUCAGCUGGGUGGGCUGCAGCGGCAGCCACAGCCGGAUGCCGCACGGCAUGAUGGAGCGGAGGCGGAGGCCGCGGAACACGCGUUGCCAUCCGGCCCCCGUGACGGAAGUGCACCGGCGGCUUCCUCACCCGCCGGCCUCGCUCACCAGCAGCCACGGGCCCAGCCUCAGCCGCCAGCAGCACCAGCGCAUAUCAUACAUCAGGCAGGGGCGUCAGGGGCGUCAGGGGCACGGGUGGGGGCGGCUGCGGAUGGUCGCGGCGCCCACCCGCGGCACGCCGAGGCGGUGGCCGCGCUCCGCGGUCUGAACCAGCAGGCUGCCGAUGGCGGCUUGUUUCAUGCACCUGCUGCUGCCGCGGCCGGUGCUUCCAGCGCCCCGCCUACUCCUCAACCGCAAGCCGCCGCUGGCGUGCUUAUUCGUCGUACGGUGCAGCCGCGUGUGUUGUGCAGCUCCGCCAGCCGCAGCGGCAAGCUGCCUCCCAGCCUGCAGCUGCUGGCAGCGCCGCGGAGCCUUGUGCUUGUGACCCCCGAGCAGGAGGUGUGGCUGCAGCCGGUGCCGUACACGCAGCCAUUUCCAAGUGAGCAAUGACCGUGAUAGCCAGUAUGGUCGACCUGGCCGUGGUAGCGUCAGCAGGAGGUUGUACUGAUGCUGGGUUGUGACUGUAUGAGCGUAUGUAUGAAGGUAUUACUUCGUUCGGUGCCUAUCUAUGUGUCGGUAGCUAGCUUGGAUCAAGGUCGUUCUCUGAAGGACGCCUGACUUCGUGAUAGGGUAUUAGGGUACGAGGUGAUGUACCGUAUUCGUGAACGGCUGGCCGACGUGGCCUACCGUAUCUGAUGUUUUGGGGCGUAAAAGGACAACUGGUGAUCCAGUGAUCGCGGGGCGCAAUAUAGGCCAAUGGCCCAAUGGCCGCCCUGCUUGACCUUCACUGACGAUACCUGUCCGUUGCCGUCAAGAAUGACCAUUC